GUUUCUGUUCCUUCUUUGGUGCUAAGCAGUGUCCCAAUGGUGCAGACCCUGAAACCCUUUGGGAGAUUUCCUGCAGGCCAGCGGCUCUCAACACGUCGGUGAGCUGGGAACGCCCUGGGACGUCAGGGAGGGGCGGGAGCCUCCUUAAAGCCCUCAGGCCCACGGGGAUGGGUGCGAGGUGAAGGCGAGAGGACGGCAUUGCUCCCACGGCUCCGCAGCCAACAGGAGGACAGACGGACACAGCAGGACGGGUGGACGGGUGAGGUGAACGUGGGGUGAUGGCGGAGGGCACGGAGCUGGAGUGGGCCGUCCAGGUGCUGGUGAACAACUUUGAUAAGUAUUCGAGCCGUUGCUGUUGCAAGAAGCCUCGGCGCAUCAGCAAGAAGGAUUUCCGCAAGAUGCUGAGCCGGGAGCUCAACCACAUGCUGACGGACACUGGGAACAGGAGAGCAGCCGACAAGCUGAUCUGCGACCUGGAUGAGAACAAGGAUGGGCGCAUCAGCUUUGAGGAGUACUGGACCUUGAUAGGAGGCAUCGCCAGCCCCAUCGCCCACAUCAUCCGCCAGCAGGAGCAGAGCAUCAAGCACACCAAGUAGACAGGCUGGGCUCAUCCCCCCUCCCCAGACCCAGAGCUCAGCCCCCGCUGCUCCAUAGCCCCUCACUUUGUGCCCCUCCUGCUCAGGGUAUGCAGACCCCACACACCACAAUGAAGGGGCAUGAGGUCACCACGGGGGGGCUCCUCCUGCCCCAUCCCUGCCCUCAUCCCCCCACCCCAAGAGCUGGGCUGGAAGCACAGAGAAAAGCUUCCCCCUCACUUAGGACACAAAUGCUGUCCGUUCUCAGCUCACCCCAACCAACACCCCCUGGAGCACCCUCAAAGUGUUGGAGUCUCCAUGGGGUACCCCCAACCCGGCCCCCGCCCCCUCCCCAACCCCGACCCCCCGGGGCUGGUGAUGGUCCCCCCCCUGCCCACUUUUGGGGCUGGGAGCUCCCGGCUAAUGGCCACGGGUUAUUUAUUGCUGCAAUAAAGUUUGGAGGAGCAGCGGGGUCA